CCUUGCAGGCAUGGCUGCGAACUUCCAAGUGCUCGGUUUUAUAGUGAUUGUGGCGAUGGUGUUCACGUGCACGGCCUCGCCGCUGUUAUCGUCAGCGCGCGAGGCACCGAAGGCGUCGGAAUCUCGCGAGAUCAGGGGUCUACAGGUGCAGAGAGGCGCUCAGAGUGGAGGUGCGAGAACGGAGCGCUUUGCACCUUUACCGGAGGACCAGCGCCGGUUUACAUCCAAACAGAUACUGCAAGCUCUGUCAGAAAUUAUCCAGAGGGACGACUGCAUUUCAGACUAUCAGGGAUGGGUGGACUUCGGGCGCCGCAGUACGGACUGAAGAUAAUAAUUAAUGCAUCAUUGUAACGACCAGC